AGGGUUAUGAAAUCUCCCUCUUAGAACCCAAAAUCAGAGAGAGAGAGAGAGAGAGAGAGAGAGAUGGCUUUCCCUGCUUUCUUCUCUCCUUCGCCACAGCCGCAGCAGCCGCAGCAGCUCUUCCAAUCCCAACCGCAGCAGCAGCCUCUUUUCCAACAGAACAAUGCAUUUCUCCAGCAGCAGCAGCAGCAGUUUCAGCUCCAACAGCAGCAGCAACAGCAGCAGCAACAGCAGCAGCAGCAGCAGCAGAUGUAUAUCUUCACUACAGAAAAAGCUCCUGCGAACUACAGUACGAAGUGGGGCGAUCUGCACCCCGACUCACAGAAAAUCCUCUUACAAAUAGAGGAGCGAAUCUUGGAAUAUAGGGACGAAAGCCAGAGACUAGAUCAAUGUAGCCGUCUUUAUGAUUCGUCAGUUUCCAAUGAUGGAUUCGAGCUUGAUGCCAGUCAUAUCGUGCAGGAACUUGGGGGAAUCAGCACUGCCAUGGAAAGGGAAAAAGUUCUGUUGCAAGAGCUGAUGGCUGUUGUAAAAGGUAUGAUGAGAGACACAGAGGUUGCGGUUCGCUCAUUUAUGAUGCUUCGGCCAAGGUUUGUUCAUCCAAACAUGGCUACUGCUUCAAAUGCUGCUGCUCCUACUCAGACUCCUGCAACGGCAUUAGUUCCCACCACAACUACUCAACCAACACCAAGCUCUAUGAUACCUGUCUUUGAUUUCUACAGCGGGGUCCCUAAGAGGCCAUCUCCGUUUUUACAGCACACUGUUGCCAGAUUUGAGAAGUACCUUGGUGAAUGCAGGCAGUGGAUUGAAGAGUUAGAGCAGCUGCUCCUCUCAAAUACUGAUGAAAAUUCUUCCAGCUCAGAUAUGUCGUUAUUGCAUUCUCUGCCGAAAGUUAUGUCAAAUGUGCAUGAUUUCUUUGUCCAUGUUGCUGCCAAGGUCGAGAUUCUUCAUCAGUAUAUUGAGUCGAUGAAAGCUGCUUAUCUAGCUGACCAGCGGCGUCGGGGUGAUGGGAACAAUCCUUUUCUCGAGGCUGAUCGGAGAGAAACAGCCAAACAAGAAGCAGCUGCCAGAAGGGUUCAUCCGACCUUGCACCUACCCUCAGUUUCACAACCAUCCACCCAAGUUGCUGGUUUGUUUGCCAGCUCAGCAGUGCCUGGAGCUUCAAAUGUCCCACAGCCAGCUGUAGGAACUUCCGCAGCUUCGUCUGCGAGUAAUUUCUCAUUUUUUAGCCCUCAAUCAUCAUCUGCUCCUUCUGCCCCCACCACAUCAUCUUUUCUCUUUUCCACACCUACGGCGUCUGCUCCAUCGUCUAGCCUAUUUGGGCCAUCAGGGUUUGCCCCCCAAUCUUCACCUUUUGGGUCUGCUGCAUCAGCAUCUUUGUUUGGCUCAGCACAGACGCCAUCUUUGUUUGGAGCCGGUACCCCAUCCUUUGCUUCUACUCCUGCCAUUGGAGGCUCUUCACUUUUCUCAACACCUUUUGCAUCAGGUGCUGCUACAGGAUCAGGGGCGAGCUUUGGGGGUGCUACGAAAUCUGCAAAGCCAAAAACUCGCUCGACCCGCCGCUAGUUGUACUAUCUAACAUAAUUGUGGAAACCAGAGUCAGCUCAAGAACCAAAAUUUCUCGGCAUUUUCUUUUCUUUUUGAGGAGAGCUACACAUUACAGUGAAUGCGAAUUUGGUUACUGAGAUGCUGCAACCAGAUGGAUUCCUAUCUCAAGAUGGGGUAAUUCUGCCAUUUCUGCUAUCUGAUUCUCAGAGUUUCGUCCCAAGACAGACGAGCAUCUGCCUAUUCGUUGGGACCUCAUGUGCUUCGUCAUUGCAGCAAUAUCAACCCUGUAUGAAUUCAAUGACUUUAAUACUCUGGCAGUGUGACGGAUGAUGCACAGGCGCUUAAAUAUUACUUAGAAAUUACAUAUGUGGGCGUGCUAGAAGUCAAUUUAAACUGUCCAAUUUACAGGUCCCAGUUUAGAUUUUCAUCAGCCUGAAAUUGUACGUAUUUGAUUAUUUGACUA